AUGUCGAAGCGCGCUGCUGAUGUCGAGAUGGGCGACGCCCCCCUCAAGGGUGGCGAGCGUCCCGAGGGCAUGGAGAUUGACCAGAAGGACCCUGGCAUGGGCGAGUUCGAGGACGAAUUCGAGGACGAGUUCGAGAGCGAGAGUGAAGAUGGCAUCAUGGAAGCCGGUGUCGACGGACGGCCCGAUGCCGAGAGAGAGGCCGAGGAGAAAGAGGGCGCAAUGGAGGUUGACCAAGGCACAUUCAUCGUCGGACGAAACAAGCUCGAACCCGGCCAGUCGCUUGCGCCGGAUACGUCUACCUACGAGAUGCUGCACAACCUGAGCACGCCUUGGCCCUGCCUUUCCUUCGAUAUCCUGCGCGACAGCCUCGGCGACAACCGCAAGGUAUACCCCGCUACCAUGUACUCCGUGGCCGGCACACAAGCAGAGAACGCAAAGGCUGGCGACAACGAGCUGCUGGUCAUGAAGUUCAGCGGCCUGAGUCGCAUGGAGAAGAACGCGGAGGAUUCCGACGACGACGAUGACGACGAUGACGAGGACUCCGAUCCCAUUAUCGAGCACAAGGCGAUCCCCUUGAACUCGACCACCAACCGAAUUCGCGCCCACCAGAUCCCUUCCCAAGACCCCUCCAAGCCACCCACCACCCUCACAGCCACGAUGACCGAGUCUUCCAACGUCUUCAUCCACGACGUCACCCCUCACCUCUACUCCUUCGACAACCCGGGCAGCAUCAUUACACCCCAGCAGAACAAGCCCGUCUCUACUAUCCGCGCCCACAAGUCAGAAGGUUACGCUGUGGACUGGUCUCCUCUUGUCCCGAGUGGCAAGCUCCUGACCGGUGACAACGAUGGUCUGAUCUACGUCACAACACGCACCGACGGCGGUGGCUUUGUUACCGACACCAGGCCGUUCGUGGGCCACACGAGCAGUGUCGAGGAGAUCCAGUGGAGUCCCUCCGAGCAGUCCGUCUUCUCGUCCGCCUCGAGCGACGGCACGAUUCGCGUCUGGGAUGUGCGCAGCAAGAGCAGGAAGCCCGCGCUGACGAUGCAGGUCAGCUCGACCGACGUCAACGUCAUGUCGUGGUCGAAGCUGACAACACACCUGCUGGCAUCGGGCGACGACAACGGCGAGUUUGCCGUCUGGGACUUGCGCCAGUGGAAGCAGAGCUCGACGUCCGCAUCUGACAAGCCUUCCCCCAUCGCCAGCUUCAACUACCACAAGGAACAGAUCACGAGCGUCGAGUGGCACCCCACGGACGACAGCAUCGUCGCUGUCGCGGCGGCCGACAACACCGUCACCCUGUGGGACUUGGCCGUCGAGCUUGACGACGAAGAGAGCAAGGACACUGGUGGUGUCAAGGACGUCCCGCCUCAGCUGCUAUUUGUGCACUACCUGUCCAACGUCAAGGAGCUGCACUGGCACCCCCAGAUCACCGGUGGAUUGGUGGCUACUGGCGACGAAUUCAGCGUCUUCCGGACGAUUAGCGUGUAG